AUGACGAAUACAAUCUCCACUCCUUCAUCAUCCGCUCAAUGGCAUACGAUAUCACCUCAUACACGACCACUAACGUUGACGAUCCUUGAGUUGACUCCACUCGCUUUAACACUUUCUCUAUCAUUGACUCCUCCGGUGACAUCGUCAUCUUCUUCAACACAUGGAUUAGGUAUUGGUCAAUCACAUAACCAUAAUUCUUCAUCUUCAUCUUCACAUUUAGUGCAUAACAAUCAUCAUACACAUGCACAAUCACCUUCACACACAACGAAACAAUCACGUAAUAAUAAGAGAAUACAACAUUCUUCAAACGCAAACACAAAUACAAAUUCAAAUCCAAACGUAACUCCGAAAAGUAAACAGAAAACAACGACAAAUGCAGGUGGUGAUAUAAGUGAAGAUGAACUACAACAACAACAGCAACACGAAGAAGAUUUAUUGUCAUCUUCAUUAGAUUAUCUAAAUUCAGUUGAAAAUCCUUCUUCUUUCAAAGAUCUUCUAUCUCAUGGUGUAGUAGUUUCAGUAAACGGUCAACCUUGGUCAAGGAUCUAUGCACAUGUAAGUGAAGAUGAGGAUUCAGACUUGGAUUGGGAAGAUGAAGAUCAAAAUCAAAAUCAAAACUCUGCGAAUGCUGUUAUAGUAGUAGGUGAUGAACAAGGUAUUGAAGAAGAAGGUUCAACAACAAGACGUAGACCUCGAAAACCAAGAUUCGCUUCUUCAGCUUCAACAAAUUCCACUAACAAUAACAACAACAAUGGUAUUGGAACGGAAAAAGAUUUAAUGCUUAGUAAUGCGAAUUCAUCAGGAGGUACUCAUGCUAGUAGUAGUGGUGGUGGUGGCCAAAGUCAAAAUAGAAGAAAAAAUGGUAAAGAGAAAAUGGAUAAAGAUAGAGCUGUAGUUGUGGUUUACGGUUUAAGUCCAGGUAAAGAAUAUGAAGUUGAGUUGAGAGUUGUUGGACUUUUCAGUCAAGAAGGUAGCGAUGGCUUCGUCUCAACAAGCGUACUUAUACCCCCUUCACCUACACCGACGGGUGGACUUCAUCCUCGGUCCAGAGCCAACUCGUUAAGAUCACGAUCUAGACCAAGAUCUCGUUCAAACUCUUUCACAGGUCCAUCACCUGGAUUCCCACCCAACUCAUCGCCUCUGUCCCAUACUCGAUCAUCCGAUGCUAUAACGACACUUGAUUCACUCGCUUCCGGAUCUCACGAUACCCUUUCCCCUGAUUCAGCAGCUAUCAUCCCUACUCCUGUACUGAAUGCAGUGGACACUCAAGCUGCCCAAUUACGUCACCUCAUCGCGACUGCUCAUGCUGAGAAAGAACAUCUUCAAGCUGAAAUCAAAGAAGCUCGAAGGACGUCUCAACGACAAGAAGCAGCUCUCAAAGCUGAGAUAGAAGCAGUGAAGAAAGCCAUCGAAAAAGCUGGAUCAAUGGAUUUGAGAUCAAAACAAAAAGCUUUAGCAACUCAGGAGCAAGUCAAACAAGGUUGGGCAGGAGCUGAAUCUGCUGAAAAGGAUGCCGGUGACGUAGAAAGUGGCUUAGAUACACUCGAAUCUAGAUUAGAAGCAUUGAGGAUUGAGGUGGAGUCCAUUCAAGGUGAAUGGAAAUCUGUCAAAGAUAGAGAAGAAGAAUUACGGGAACGAGAUCGACGACAAAGAUCGGAAGAAGAUAAAAAAUUGAAUGAGGUGCUAGGUAAAAUUGAUAAACUGAAAAGCAAGAAGGUGAAGAGGGAAUCUGAAAAGGUUGAAUUGGAAAGGAAAUUGGAAGAUUUGGAAAGACUCAAAGACGAAGCUGAGAAGAAGAACGAAGAUGAGCGAAAUGCAAGAAGAGGAGCCGCGUCUUAUUAUGCAGCAGGAUAUGGACAGCAUGGAAACAACAACAAUAAUAACAAUAAUGAAGGACAUCAUGAAUUUGGACCCAAUAGCGGAGCGCAACGAAGUUUAUCUGCCCAUCCCUCAUUGAAUAAUUUAAGUGGACAUUAUGCUUCUGGGCCUACGAAUUUCAGACCUAGAGGAGCAAAUGGAGUUCCAAUACAAGGAUUUCAACCUCGUUUCGCAUCUGCAGGACAUACGCAUCAUCCCAGACCCAGUCCGACUGCACCAAGUCCCACUCAUCCAAAUACUUUUUAUCCUAUCCAACAUCCUGUUCCACCUUCCACUACUUCUCCAGCAUUCAGACCACCGAAACUUGCUAAUCCAGCGGGUCGAUCCACUUCGGGUCCGACACCUUCAACGGCCAUGACAGGUGUGAACGCAGCUGCAUUACCAUUCCAUCCAACGAAUUUCUCACCAAGCAAUAAUAACAGUAACAGAGAUAUCAAUAACGAACAGCAACAUACGACUCUAAUGCCACCUCAAUUACAACAUCGGAUCUAUCUACCCAACGUCAGACCUAGACCUACACCAAAUUUCCAUCCUCCACCAAGUGUUUUAGCAGAACAAGCUAAUGCCAAUUCGAAUUCCAACACUAAAUCCAAUACAUCUUCGAAUUCAAGUAAUUCACCUGCCUUACCAAAUCAAAUCGAUAAUAAUAGUCAUAACAUCCGAUCGCCACAUCCUUCACCACCUGCCUUCCCACCUCUACCUGCUGUGUCCCAUUCCGGAAGUGGAAGUGGAACAGGAUUGGGAUCAGGAUCGGGACCUGGGAAGAUGAACUCAACGUCAACUACAAACUCGAACUUACCUUCUGCACCAAGUUUAGCUUCGAUAGUCACUAGGGCAGUUCUAAGUCCGACAAGUGCUUUAGCUCAACAAUCACAAGCUGCAAAUAUAGGUAAUGUAGCUUCGUCAGUAUUGAGAAAUCCACCUUCAAGACAAGGUUCAAUCAGUCAGGGACAAGGACAAGGACAAGGACAAGGACAAGGUCAAGUUGAUUCUCCAUCUGAAAUAGGAUCGGGUAGAAAUUCAACAUCUUCUCCUACACCUACCCCACCUCUUUCAGCUGGAUUAUCACACUCUUCAAACAGAGUCAUGUCUCCUUCCCAAUCUCAAUCUGGAGGAGGAGAUGGUUUCCCUCCUUUAUCGCCUACUUGGCCAAUACAAGGACAGGGCAAUAUACUGAAUCUAGGUAACCCAUUGAGAAGGGAAAAUACUCCUCCUAUAAUGGCGAAUAUAUGGAGCACAAGUAACGCAGGAGGAGGAAAAGAUAGUCCAAUCGGAUCGGCUAUUCUAAGAAAACCAUCUAGAUCAGGUUCGGGUGAAGUGCCAUCGUCUGAUUAA